AUGGCCUGGAAGAUCGAGGCUUGCAGGAGGUCGGUGCGUGCGCUGGCGCCGAACAAGCACCGCACGAUGCUCAUGGUGUCCGUGGACGAUCCGCCUCCUGGACCUCACAUCUACCGCGCUCGGGCGGCACUCACUGUAGGCUCCUCCGAGACCGGGGUGGCCAACGUCAUCGAGGGCGAUCGCCAGCUGGCGCUCCUUCGGCUGCCUGGCGCGGCGGUUGCGGGUCCUGCUCGAGUCUCCGGGCCCGUGACGAUCGACGAGGUGAAGGAGGCCAACCUGCCGCUUAGCAGGAAUCAGACCAAGGCGCUGGCCACCAGCAGGAAGCUUCGUGAUGCCCUCAUAGGCCAGCCUGGCUGGGACAUCGAGGGGGGCGAUUUCGUGGACGUGCACGGGGACCUUGGUGGCGACGCCGUGUCUGGGUCCUACCGACGUCUGACGUCCUCAGCGGCUUGUGAGAAGGCCGCUCGUUGCCAAGGGAGGAAACUCACCAGGCUGUUCAGGCCCUCGGUCAGCCGAGCGAGGGUCUUCAGAGCAGGGGUCACUGCUAAAGCCUCUAGAGGCUCGGCGAUCAUGGGAGUGCCCAGCGGCCGUCUGCGUCGGCUGCGGGUCGGAGCCAUCAAGGCGAGAGGCCGACUUGCCCGUGGGGCCGCCCUGGGGCUGGCCAGCCUUGGCCAGUCAGGUGGCUGGAAGCGGGACCCCCUGACGAUCGUCACCAGGACGGUUCUGAUGGCCUACGCCGAGAUGGUCUGGGCCUCCCUGCUCCCCGAGGCGGCUGCCCGCUCCUGCCUCGCCACCUGCCUGAGCAUCGCUAAGAGGCUGCACCCUUGGCGUAUGGUGAAGGAGCCGAUCAGCGCCUUGGUGCUCACGCUCGAGCGGGUCGGCUGGGGGCUCAUCAACGGCGACCCCUACAGGCUCCACGACAGGCUGGGCCACGAGUAUCAACUGCGUCGCUACUCGCCAGCCUUCUUCGGCCACACGGUCUCCUUGGGCUGCCGACGAGCCAUAGGGCUCGAGGAGGUGAAGCGGAACGGCUCCAGCAUGUGGGGCUGGGAGGUCCCACCCUUCUGGCACUCGACUUGGCUAGCAAUCGCUCCGAGGCGGCUGAACGAGUCGAGCUGUUGGGCUACCUUUUCACAGGGCUUUUCGCCAUGGGGGCUGUUCCCCGCCAUCUCGGAGUUGGUCCAGAGACCGCUCCGAACCGACGACUACUUCAAGCACGCGACCAGCUGGCCGAGCUUCGGGCCCUUCGCCGACGGAGAGCAUGCCUUCGCCGAUGGCUCAGGGCUCGAUCAGAACUACCCGAGCCUGAGGACUGCUGGCCGGUCCAUCAUCGUCUUCGACAAGAACCGCAGGCUGGUCACCGAGGCGUGGGGCUCGGUCCCGCUGUCGGAAGGGCAUGAGCAGCUGGCCAGAGACGGAGAGGACUAUGCAGUGAAGGUCCGCACCGGCACCAUCGCUGGGGGCUCCUUCAAGCUCUACUGCGACUGCCUCGCGACGGUGCGAUGUGCUGGCAAUCCCGUGGCGGCGGCGGCGGGCUGCCAGCGAGCCCACGUCUGGGCUGGGCGAGCUGAGAGGCUCAAGGACGCUGAAGUCAUCAAGGUGAAGGCCCACCUGGGGCCGCAAACCGUCAGGGAAGGUCUGAUCACGCAGUCCGAGCUCGAUGGCAAGGAUUUGGUCGAUGCUCGAGCUAAAGAAGGAGCUUCUGCAGUUCGGGCGGACAUCAACCUCAUCCACUGCGUCGAGGGGCUGCCAGUUCAUUGUUCGCCUGGCGGCGAGGCCCCCCUGGAGAUCAUCGACCUGGGCGAGUGGCCCGCGGAUCCUGCUGAGGCCGAUGGGGAGGAUACGGCCCCGUCGGACAGUGCGGACUCCGUGUGCACAGGGGAGAGUCCUCUGCCAGGUCUCGACAGCUCGCUGAGAUAUCUCGUCCACAGGGGCGCGACGACGGCCGCGCUGCGCGCCUCGCGGCCUGGGGUGGAGAUGCGUGCCCUUCACAUUCUCCAGCGCCCCGGGGGGCGCCCCGGGGGGCGCUGCGGGGGCGCGGAGGAGGGCGACCCCUUCGUGGGCCCGCCGCCGGAGGCCGAUCGGCGCCAGGGCCGCCCGGGCGCCCGCUGGCCGGCCGCGAGCCUGGCCGCGGCCGCGGGCCUGGUGCUGGCGGUGGGCGCCGCUUCGAGGAGCGUGGGCGCCGCGUACCAGCGGGCGGGCGUCCGGACGGUGGAGCGGGUCAUCCGGGCGGACGCCGAGAGAAUCCGGGACCGUGACAGAAUCGACGACAGGCGGGAGGAGAAGGAGAAGGAGAAGGAGGAGGAAGCGGCGAUGGAUGCAGCGCAGGGUGCCGCGGAGGGUGAGGAAGAUAAUGUCAGUCUGGGUAACGUGACAAAUGUGUCGCGCGAUGACCAUCGAUUAGAAGGCUGUUAUGACGCCAUGGCUGACUACAAGUUGUUAACCGAUGGCUAUUUGUUUGACUUUCUGGUGAGGGCGGUUUUCUCAACUGUCGAGGAUGGUACGGUCAUUGUCGACAGUGCCUGCAACGCGUUUGAUUUCACCAUCCAGAACAAGUUUGCCAAGUUCACGAUGAACGGGUUGUUGAACGUCCCUGAGGCUACCGAAGCCGAAGAUGGCAUGUCGGUAACAUCGGCCGUUCCGCUCGAGCCAGGGGUUCCCUUCAUGAUCAGGGUGUCGAAGGGUAUAAAGUGGAGCAAAGCCGAUCAGCUUCCCCCCCUCUGCAUCCAAGUUCACCCGGAACCUCCGAGGGGAGCGGAAGGUCGUUGA